AUGGCACUAUCCCUGCAGGAGGUUUCACAACACAACUCUGCCAAGUCGUGCUGGGUCAUUAUCCAUAACCAUGUCUAUGACGUGACCGAGUUUUUACCAGACCACCCAGGAGGAGCAAAGAUCAUUCUCAAAUACGCUGGCAAGGAUGCAACAGAGGCAUUUGAGCCUAUCCACCCGCCUGACGCGCUCACGAAGUUUCUUCCUCCUGAAAAGCAUCUCGGACCAAUUGACGAAGGCUCGGCUCGCAUAAUAAGUGAAGCAUAUCAACAGAGGAAAAAGACUCAAGAUGAAUUGCGCGUGGAGUUGGCGAGGAAGGAGAAACCUCCGUUGAGCAGAGUACUAAACGCUCUCGAGAUGGAGGCAAUUGCGAAGAAAAUCCUUUCGUAUAAAGCCUGGGCGUUUUUCUCAUCUGCAGGAGACGAUGGUGUCACUCACGAGGAAAAUAUUCGCGCAUUCUCGCGGUUUUUCUUCCAUGCGAGGGUUCUUAGACCUAUAUCUAACUGCGACCCUUCAACGUCGAUAUUAGGGUUUCGCUCUCCGAUCCCUAUAUUUGUCUCUGCCACUGGAGCGGUAAAGUUGGGUAAUCCGGCCGGCGAAGCGUCGAUAACCCGCGGUUGUGGGAGGACGGGAAUUAUUCAAAUGGUCUCUUCCUCCGCUUCACUUUCCUAUGCAGAAAUAGAUCAGGCACGCAUAGACAAGUCGCAGCCACUAUUCUUUCAGCUAUACAAGAUUGCGGGUGAACAUGCGAUAGAUCGAGUACGCGAUGCAGAAAGUCUUGGUUACAAUGCGAUCUUCUUGACCGUUGAUGCACCUGUUUUGGGAAACCGCGAAAAAGAUAUACGUGCUCCGUUCGAACUCGCAGGCCAGGAGAGAGAGGCGAAGCGACUCGCAGCUCAGAACGAAGGUAGUCCAGAAAUUCCACUGGAUCCCGACACAGAUUCAGAGAAGGAAAACAUGUCUCCAGUGGCGAGGCUAGCCGGCGGAAGCGAUGCGGACAUGUCGUGGGAGAAGACCAUCGCUUGGUUAAGGAGCGUGACCAAACUACCUAUCGUACUGAAGGGAAUACAAUGUGUUGAGGAUGCAGUACUAGCUGCUGAAGCUGGUGUAGACGGAAUACUAAUCUCAAAUCAUGGAGGCCGUCAGCUCGAAUACUCGAUGCCUUCCAUAGAAGUCCUGUAUCGGCUUCGUAAAGAACGACCUGAUGUGUUCUCCAAACUUGAAGUAUACAUGGAUGGAGGAGUGCGACGCGGAACGGACGUAAUUAAAGCUCUUUGCCUCGGUGCGAAAGCCGUCGGGAUCGGUCGACCGUUCCUCUACGCUCUAAGUGCAUACGGCGAAGAGGGUGUAGAGCAUCUAGUUCGCAUUUUCGAGUCAGAGAUCAUCCGUGGUAUGCGGUUACUAGGUGCUACGAAACUCAGUGAGCUCGUCCCUGAAAUGGUAGAGAAAGUAGAUUGGCAGCCGAUACUGGCCAGGCUUUAGCGAAAUCAAUUUGAGAUCUUGAGCUUUUGUAUAAUGACAUGUCUUUGACCUAUUCGAAUGUUUUUGGAGGACGGAAGGGACUUGUUU